AUGGGGUCGCGGGCGUCUUGCGCGGUGCGGCGCGUUAGCGGGUCCUUCAACCCGGAGAGCCGUGGCCGUGUGUGCCCAACGCGUCACGCGUCAGACGCCGCACCCCUCGACGAGGCCGCAGUGGGGGAGGAGCACGUGCCGGGGGCGCCGCUCGCCGCCCGUGGCCCCGGUCCCAGCCACCAUGAGGAAGAUGCUCGUAGUCACGACCGCGAUGCUGACGCGGCGACGCCCGUGGCGGCCCCGCCAAACGACGCGACCACGGCGGAGGAGAAGGACUCGCCGAGGCCCGCGCCUAAGGAAGGUGGCGGGAAUGACGCCGGCGCCCACACCCCGCAUGGCCUCGCCCGCAGUGCCGGCCCCCAUCAAGGUUCCGGCGCCGCUGCGGAGGGGGCGGUGGUGAACACUGGCGCCGGCGGGCGCGAGCAACGCGGCGGAGGUGCGAGCGACACUUUGGUCCCGCGCCGGGGGCAGCCAGGGAUGCCGGACGAGCACAGCGACCGUGGGCGGCGGAUGCAGCAGCGGGGGGGGUUUGACGACGCCUCCCCGCCCACAAACACCGGGCCCCGCCGCAGUGAGGCGACGAGUAGGGAGGCGCGGCGGGGGCAAAGCGAGGAGCGGUCGCAACGCGACAUUCACCAACACCGCCAGCAGGCGGCGGAGGCGCCGCAUGGUGGGCGCGCGGCGGGGAGGCGGCUUCUGUCGUAUGACGGUUCCGGUAGCGUGUUUUCGCCUGUGCAGUCCUCCUCGCCCCGUAGUGAGGCAUCUGCGCGGCGCCGGGUGGCGUGCUCCAUUCAGGCUUUGGCGCAUCGGGCGCGGGCGGUUGUGAUGGAGUCCAACGAGGCGAACUCGCGGAGCUCGUCCAGGCCGACCUCAACGCGUAGCAGCGAGUGGGUCAAGCGGAAGAGUCGCAAGGGCGACAGCAGCCAGAGGCAGCAGCGGGACCGCUACAACGACGGCAAUCACGCGUCCCUCACCCUUCUGGAUGUGUACCGCAAGUACUCCCGAUGUGAGGGUGACGAUGUGCCGCGCGGCGGCGUCGCGGAGAAGGAAGAGAUACGAGGCCAAGCGACGCCCCACGGCAAACCCGUCCCUUCAAACCGACACGGCUCCUCUCGACGCGGCCGAAGCAGCAAUACGGCGAUUGUGAGCGACGACGACGCGCCCAGCGCGGGGCCCCUGCGGCAGGAGAAGGCGCGCAAAAAUAGUGCCACUGUCUGGAGCUUCGGCCGCACUUUUGGCUCGCCUAACCUGAUAGCGACCUGUGGAGAGGGGGACAGCGAAGACGACGACGACGACGACGACGAGUGUGGUGUGAACAGCUUCCGCCCGUUCCCGUGGCACGCGCCGCUGUGCGCCGAUUCCGCCUACGGCCUGGGCACCGCGCCGCAGGAGGCGAGCGUGGACGAUUUCUCGCUCAUCUCCCCUAUUUUUGCGUCCUCCCCGCUUCGCAGUGAGCCCACGGGGGCGAGCGGCCGGCCCGACGCCGGCGCGGAGGGGAAGACCGGCACGCGGGGGCCUCCGCCGGCCACCGCCGCGUCCUCCACGUCCCCUCGGCGGACGGAGGGCGAUCGGCGCGCGACGCGGAGCCCCGACUUCUCGCUGCCGUUUUUCACGCCGCGGCACCCGCAGCCGGAGCCCCUCACUUACCCCCGGACGCCGAGCCACGGGCACCGGCCCAGCCCGCCCCCGCCGCCGCUGCAGCCGGAGUGGCCCAGUUGCCUCGAGUCGUCUUGCCUCCCAAGCGCUGCGGCGCAAGAAACUUCCGGGCUCGCCCGCGCUGACGCAGCGACCGCGACGGCGCCGGCCCGCUCGCCCUCCCCCACCGCGGCGACGACCAAGACGACGUCCAGCGUCCCGCAGGCCUUUGCCCCGGAUGAUGGCGUGACCAGCGUGUUUCGUCCGCUGUCUUGUUUCCCGGACCGCUACAUUGAAAUGCUGCAGCAGCAGCGCAUGAACGUGCUGGACGACGCCGGCGGCGACAACUCCGGCAAUGCGGACUAA